AGAAUUUGCGCGAUGCAAUGUAGUUAUGUCAGACUUUAGUAAUUAAAACGAAUUAAUUUAAUAAUAUCCGCAAAAUGAAUCAUGAAGAGAUAAAACUAGUGGUACAGGAAAAGUUUCUGUCGAGUGAGAGAGUUACGGCGUUCCUAUGUGACGCCAAAGUGCUCCACCCAGACUGGGUCAAGAAGGACAGGCUCUUAGCGAUUGUGGAGUAUGGAGAUGAGAAAGCUGUUUUUUGUUUAUUUACAUCGUGCUACCCACCGAAGUCCUUCACCGACUUAUCCAUAGAAAUAGUACUGCCAAUUGACAAUAGUUUUAAAUGCGAAAUCGACAACAAACCAUCUGAUCCCGAAGCAAUUUUGUACCUGAAUUUACAAUCUCGUAGUAAUAAAUUUAAAUUUGAAAUUCAAAUGACUACUCGGGUGGACAAUUUUGUAGAUGAUUUGUUCAGGGGAAUUGAGGCUGUAAACAAAUUAGAAAUGCAACCUGAGUUUCUAUGGCUUAAGAAAUACAAUGGGAAAAGCGAAGAUGAUAUUAUAGUUCAAAGCCUGGUAGUUCCUAGAAGUGAGGUGACACACAACCAAAACUCAGCCCCUGUGGCAAUAAGAGAGAGUCUAAUUAAGCGUAAGAUGUGUGACAAAGAGUAUGACUACACAUUUACAAAGAAAUUUACAGUAUUCUGUGGCACAUGGAAUGUCAAUGAUAAAUCACCUAUGAUUCCUCUCAAGGACUGGUUGUGUGUGGACAAAGAACCCCCUGAUAUAUAUGCAGUUGGUUUCCAAGAGCUGGACUUAUCGAAGGAAACAUUUCUGUUUGACCAGACUUUUAGAGAAGAAGAGUGGUACAAUGCUGUUGUCCAUUAUGUGGAUAAAAGGGCAAAGUAUGUUAAAAUAGAGAGAGUACGAUUGGUGGGCAUGAUGCUUAUUAUUCUUAUUAAGGAAAAGCAUUAUUCUCAUGUACGAAAUAUUAUCUGUGAUACAGUUGGAACUGGAAUAAUGGGGAAGAUGGGCAACAAAGGUGGGGUAUCGAUAAGGUUUGACUUGCACAACACUUCCAUUUGCUUUGUCAACUCUCAUUUGGCUGCUCAUGUUGAAGAGUAUGAAAGGCGGAAUCAGGAUUUCAGAGAUAUUUGCAACAGAACAAGAUUUGCGCAGCCAAAUCAACAAGCCAAAGGCAUUAAAGACCAUGAUCACAUAUAUUGGAUUGGUGAUCUAAACUACCGAAUAACUGAGUUGGAUCCUCAGGGUGUUAAGAAUUUAGUCAAGGAAAAUAACUUUGCCCCUGUCCUGGAAUGGGACCAGUUAAAACAACAGCAUAAAAACAACAAUGUAUUUGCAGGUUAUAUUGAAGGUGAGAUAAAUUUCAAACCAACUUAUAAAUAUGAUCCAGGCACGGAUAACUGGGAUUCAAGUGAGAAGAACCGUGCACCAGCCUGGUGUGAUCGAAUAUUUUGGAAGGGAAAUAACAUUAUUCAGUUAGCAUACAGAAGCCAUCCAUCAUUGAAUAUAAGUGACCAUAAACCGGUGUCUGCAUCAUUCAUUUCUGAAAUUAAAAUAAUUGAUGACGAAAAAUACAGGAAAGUGUAUGAGGAAGUUAUAAAACAAUUGGAUAAACUUGAAAAUGAACUUAUACCGCAAGUUAAGGUAGAUGUUACAGAAAUAGAUUUUGGAACUGUUAGGUAUUUGGAGUUGCAAGUAAGAACCAUAACAAUAAAAAACACUGGCAAGUUACCAGUGGAAUUUGAAUUUAUAAAGAAACUUGAUGAAUCAAAUUUCUGCAAAGACUGGCUCAUAGUUGAACCUUACAAGAAAUGUAUAUGUGCUGAUGAAUCAUGCGAAAUUCAACUUAAAGUGCUUAUAAAUAAGACUUCUGCUUGCAAGAUGAAUGCUGGAACUGACAAAUUAUACGAUAUUUUAGUCCUACACUUAUAUGGUGGUAAAGAUAUAUUUAUCACUGUUAAUGGGUCAUACCAAAGAAGCUGUUUUGGGUGUUCCAUUGAAGUUCUUGUUAAUUUAAAUAUGCCAAUAAGGGAAGUACCUGUAGGAAAACUUAUAGAGCUGGAAAGCAAGAGAGAUCAGUAUAUUUCUAAUCAGUCAACUUACUCUAUACCAAAGGAGAUAUGGUUCUUGGUUGACCACAUUUACCUACAUGGGCUUAAAGAGCCAAAUUUGUUUGAGCAGCCUGGAUUGCACUCUGAGGUAUUGCAAAUAAGAGAUUGGUUGGACAGUGGGUCUAUUGACCCAAUUCCUGGAAGUAUACAUUCAGUAGCUGAGGCAUUGCUACUCCUAUUAGAGAGUACAGCUGAUCCUAUAAUUCCUUAUAAUCUUCAAUCAGUCUGCCUUCGAGCAUCAGUUAAUUAUUUACAAUGCAAACAAAUAGUUAUGGAGUUGCCAGAGUUUCGAAAGAAUGUUUUUCUUUAUUUAUGUGAAUUUUUGCAAGAAGCCUUGCAGCACAGUGCAGAAAAUGGCUUAGAUGCAAAAACAUUAUCAACACUUUUUGGAGCAAUAUUUUUAAGAGACAAUCCUAAUUUAAUUCAAGAACCCCAGUCUCGAAUAAAUAAGCAAGUAAUCGACAAAAAGAAGGCCCAGUUUGUUUAUCAUUUUCUCAUAAAUGAUCACAGUGACUUGAUAUUUUCAAGAUAGUCAUUAUUUUCUAAAUAUUGUCCUUUUUAAAUUAUUGAAAUACUCAAAACAUUCUCCCAUAGUUAAUUUUAGGCUUAUUUAUAUUAAUUUAAAACCAUUACAAUUUUAGAUGUUGACAAAAAAAUCUAUUGUUAUUUGUGUAAGACAAAGUAAAUAUAGUGGUGCUAAUCAAGUUCUACACAAAUCCUAACACAGCAAGACAGUGUAACCUAAGAAAAGGUUUUCUUUGUUUUGUACAAUGUGAAUUCUAGGAUUUGUAUACAACUGAAUUGGUAUCAACUUCAUUACAUUAGUAAUUCUAUAAGUUAUAAUUAAAAACAUCACCUUAGUUAUAAAUUAAUGGAAUUAACAAACACUUAAUAUUGUAUAAUAAUAUAUUCAAUGAAUUAAUCAACGAAAACUUCUACUGAGCGGCCAAGAAACUAUAGUUGUAACAUUAGCAUUUUGUUGUAUUUUUUAUAAAAGUAUAAUAGAGUUUUUAGGUACAUUUGGCUUUCUUAUGUAUAAUUUUAACUUAUUGUUAUAUAUUUUUCUGUCUGUAUUUUAUGACAUGCUUUAGAAAAUUCCCUGAGAAGACUAAUUAUAUAUCUACCCUUUUAUACAAUUUAUAAGUCUAUAUUUAUCAAAGACACAUACCUACCUAUUUAAAAAAAUAAUUCAUCAUUUAUAAUGUCCUUCACCAGUUUGCUUUAUGGAAAAUCAGAAUCGAGCAUUCCACUGUAAUUGCAUUAAAUGCAUUCAAGAUGAAUAAAAUAGUAUGUAAUCAAAUUAUUAUGUAAUUGGAAUACUUAAAUAUGCAUUUACUGAUACUGGACUGGUAUUUUAUAUAUUACUGUAUUGUAAAGUGCUACAAUGUAAAGUGUAAGUUAGUCCAGAAUCUUUGUUUGAAAAAGAUUAUUGGGGGCUUUGCUGAUCAAGUCUUAAUAUAUUAAUCAUGUUUUCUUCAAACCUUUGAUUUUGGACUUAACCAUUCUUUUCAUAGUAUACAGAUAAUUAUGUCACCGUAGUCUUACUUGUAAUAUUGGUGAGAAAUAAGUGUUUUAAUAAUCGUCAUUGUACUUGUUCUUCAUCUGUAGUUGUUUUAUAUUAGGUACGCCUAUUUACCAAAUAAAUGUUUAACAUUAAAA